UGUAUUCGUCAAACUAUCACAGAAGGUUAUAAAAGACUAUCUCAUGGGAAUGCUACUUUCACUGUCAGUCGGUUGCCUGGUUGGAGAUGCCAUUCUACAUUUACUGUCUGAGGUUUUAGCAGAUGAAAGCAAUGGAGAAAAGGCAAGAGUGACAGAGAUUUUGACAAAACAAUGCGCACUACUUGCUAGUAUUUAUGGGUUUUUCUUACUGGAACUGACAUGUUCUUUUCUGAAAAGUAGCACAAAAGACAAGAAAGACGAUGAUUACCAAUGCCAAAACGAAGAGAACCAAACUAAAGGUCAAAGAGAAAAAGAUAAAUCUGCCCUUGCUUGGAUGGUGAUAGUAGGGGACGCCAUACAUAAUUUUGCAGAUGGUCUUGCUAUAGGCGCUGCCUUCAGUAAAGACAUAACAGUUGGUUUAUCUACCUCAAUAGCUGUGUUUUGCCAUGAAUUACCCCAUGAGUUAGGAGAUUUUGCAGCCUUAGUGUCUAGCGGUUUGUCUAUCAAAAGAGCCAUGGUUUUGAAUUUCAUUUCAAGUCUGACAGCGUUUUUAGGGUUAUAUAUAGGCAUACUAGCAAGCUCAAAUGAUGUUGCUAGAUCCUGGAUAUUCUCAGCUGGUGCAGGCAUGUUCAUUUAUGUGGCCUUAGCAAACUUAAUUCCAGAAGUACUGAGCUAUUUCAAAAGAAUACCAAAUUUGUGUAUGUUUCUGUCGUUGAACUUCGGACUAUUAUUCGGCUACGUCUCAAUGUUGCUUUUGGCUAUAUACGAGGCAGAUUUUAAAUUACCAUAAAUCUGUGUAAAUAUUAGACUAUCUAGCAGACAUUAUUCGUCCA